AUGGUUCGAUACAAAGAAAGGCAAAGGCUGAGUGCAAAAGCAGCAUUAGCUCAUCCCUACUUUGACAAAGAAGGUUUUCUGCCGCUAUCUUUUAUGCAAAAUUUGAGGCUACGGUUCUUUCGAGCUACCCAACAGGAUUAUGGAGAAGCUGCCAAGUGGAUUAUUCAACUUAUGGCAAGAUCAGGAACACAAAAGGAUGGCAGAUUCACUGAAGCUCAGCUUCAGGAACUUAGAGAAAUUGUGCCCAAGAAAAAAUCUGGUGCAAAGAGAAACGCUCUAGCUUCAGCUCUUAAAGUACAGAGGAAAAUUAUAAAAACCUUAAAUGAGAGUAUGGAUGAGCUCAGCAGAAACAUGAAAAGCAUUUGGUGGAGAAGAUGGGUCCCAAGAGAGGAAUGA